AUGGCGACGGAACUGGAAGAUAUCGUAGAGCACAUGCGGAGGUUCUCCUGGCCGGACUACCUGGUGUUCGUGUCGAUGCUGCUGCUGUGCAUUUUCAUUGGCGUGUACUUUGGGUUCGUGCAGAAGAAACCAAACACCGAGUCCGAAUACCUCAUGGGUGGCCGCACAAUGCUCGUUUUCCCGAUAGCCUUGUCCCUCAUCGCCAGCUUCAUCUCCGGCAUAACGUUGCUCGGUCUGCCGACGGAGGUGUACUCGUUCGGGAUCCAGUACGUGUACGUGGCGCUCGGUGUGACGCUGAUGGGUUUCGUGAUGGGCUUCAUCUAUUUGCCCGUUUUUCACAAACUCAACAUCACAUCAACCUAUGAGUACCUGGAAACACGGUUUGAUCGACGGUUACGAAUGUUUGGAUCGGUCAUGUUCACCAUAAUGAAUAUUGGCUAUCUCCCGAUCGUCAUUUACGUGCCUGCAUUGGCCUUCAAUCAAGUGACGGGAGUCAACAUUCACGUCAUAACACCCAUCGUGUGUAUCGUUUGCGUGUUCUACACCUGUGUGGGUGGUCUAAAAGCCGUCGUAUGGACGGAUGUGGUGCAAACAUUCUCAAUGUUCGGUGCCCUGGUGCUCGUGGCCGUCAAGGGCACCAUCGAUCUCGGUGGAUCGGAUGUUGUUUUCCGUAGAGCGUGGGACACUGGACGACUGGAACGACCGAACUUCGAUAUCAAUCCAACUACCAGGCACACGAUAUGGUCGCAGCUGAUCGGUGGUUUCGUGUAUUGGCUGCAAACGAACGCCGUCAGUCAGAAUAUGAUCCAACGAUACCUGUCGCUUCCAUCGGUUGCGGCCGGCCGGCGUGCAUUGUGGAUUUUCGUGUUCGGCGUGUGCUUGCUCAUGUCACUAUGCAGCUACUGUGGUUUGCUGAUUUACGCCACGUAUCAAAACUGCGAUCCACUUACAACAAAGCUCGCUCGCGCCAAAGAUCAAUUGUUGCCCCUGUUUGUGAUGGACAUCCUGCGAGAUCUCCCCGGACUGCCGGGACUGUUUGUUGCCGGUGUGUUCAGUGCCGCCCUCAGUUCACUCUCGACCUGUCUCAACUCCAUGUCGGCGGUUAUACUGGAGGACUUCGUGAAACCGUUCGUCAGCAAACCGCUCUCGCAGCGAACAAUCAACUGGAUCAUGCGCUCGGUCGUGGUCGGAGUUGGGGCACUCUGUGCAGCGCUGGUAUUUGUGGUCGAAAAGAUGGGCACGGUGCUACAGCUGACGAUGAGUCUCGAGGCGAUCACCAACGGGCCGUUGUUGGGCACGUUUACGAUCGGUAUUCUCAUCCCGUGGGUAGAGUCCAGGAGUGCUCUUACCGGAGGUAUUGUUGGGGUGAUAUUUAUGUCCUGGUUAAGCUUGAAGGCGCAGUACUGGGUCGCUACCGGAACGAUUGUAUUCCCCCACAAACCGAUGUCCGUCGACGGGUGCACGUACGAGUUCGAUCGUUCACUAGUCAACGCUACCACUACGAGCGUUUAUACAACCGAUGACAUCUUCCCGCUGUUUCGCGUAUCCUACAUGUGGUAUACAUUCCUCGGUGCGUCCGUCACCAUUCUUGUCUCACUUAUUUGCACCGUGGUGAUCUUUGGGCGGAACGAUCCGAAAACGGUGUCGCCUGAUCUGAUGGCGGGUUUCGUGCGCCGGUUCGUUCAUGGUCCGGACUGUGAGCCAUCGAAGACGCACCAACGAGCGCCGCAGACCGACAGCACCACCAAUGGAAAGUCAUUGCAUGAGUCUGCACUGUAAAGCAAUUACCACAACCAAGCGCAACGAAAAGCUAGACUUUGUGCAAUCCAACGUAUUACGCCAUUUGGUAGUAAAUUUUUGCCUCGAAACUCGUUCCUCCCGUAAGUGUGUAAGUGUUAACUUUAAGAGAUUUUUCGUAUAUUCAAAAUGUGGUCAUUUAGUUGUAUAAUUAUCACCGCGCAAAGCUGCAA